GCAGACUGCGGCCUAGCUGACGAACCAGUCUCGCACCAGCGCCCAUUCGACAUGAAGGUUCCCUACGUUCUCUUCCUUCUGUCUCUUGUGCAUCUCUUGCAGGCAGCGAGAGAUGCGUCCUGCCCAAGAGUAUGCCCAGCAAGCGCUCAAGAGCCUGUCUGUGGUACAGAUGGUUUCAUCUACCCCAGUUACUGUGAGAUGAGGAAAAAGACUUGUGGAAAAGGAGUACAAAUCUCGACAAAGCAAGGACUUUGCCAACGAGCCCAUGGCUCUAACUGUGAUCACAGAUGUGGUAACGAAAGGGAUCCAGUAUGUGGUACUGAUGGCCGUACCUACCUCAACAGAUGUAUGCUUCAAGUUGAAGCAUGCAGAGUCGGCAUCUCCGUUUCCCAUCUUGGUGCCUGCAAUAACAUAUCAGCUCAUCGGGAAAACUGCCCUGUAGACUGCGCCCAAGCACCCAAAGAUGGUCCAAUUUGUGGAAGUGACGGCAAUGUCUACUCUAACACUUGUAUAAUGAAGCAAUUGACUUGUGGCCAGGGAGUUGUCAGAACCUCUAAGAAGCACUGUCAAACAACUAGACAUUGUAGAGAAUCCUGCUGGAGAAAUGCAAAACCAGUAUGUGGAAGUGAUGGGGUCCUCUACAGCAAUCCUUGUCGUAUGAAAUCCAAGAACUGUGGGAAACAUGUGUUUGAAGUUCCAUUGGCCUACUGCCUCUCUCAAGAGCGUACAAGUGGGUCAAUGCAACCCGAAUGCCCAACUAACUGCACCAGGUCAGACCAGCAGAUCUGUGGCAGUGACGGUAACGUCUAUUCGUCCGAAUGUGAAAUGGACCUGAUGAAUUGUGGGUCUCAAACAAAGCGGCGGGUAAUGCGAGUCGAUUUGGAUAAGUGCAAGGCACGUUUGAACAAGUGCCAGAAAAUCAAGUGCCCACCUUCUAAGGAUUCAGUUUGUGGUUCAGAUGCUAGAACUUACGAUAGUGAUUGUCACUUACAAAUUGCCACCUGUUUGCGUGGAGUACAGCUGGCCCAUAUUGGAGACUGCAGCCCACUGCUAGAUAGGGAAGAAUGUCCCUCUGAUUGCGAUGAAGAAGAAACAUUACCUGUUUGUGGUUCAGACGGAAAUGUGUACAGAUCAUUAUGUGAUUUGAAGAAAGCCACAUGUGGUCAGAGAGUGGUUCCUGUCGCAUUACACCAUUGCCCUACAACUGCUGCUUGCAAACUAAACUGUUCUGAUGAGAGAGAUUUUGUUUGUGCUUCAGACAACCGAUUUUACCGAAAUGAGUGUAUCAUGAGAAGAGAAAAUUGUGGGAAACAUGUCUUCGUGGUCCCACUCUCCAGGUGCCUAGCAGGCUUCCAAUUCAAGGGCUGCUCAAGACCCUGCCCUGCACUCUAUGACCCAAUCUGUGCUUCAGAUAAUAAAACUUACUCGAAUGAAUGCUUCCUUGAGAUGGAAAACUGUAGAUCAAGAAGUCUCGUCACUAAACAACACCAUGGUGUUUGUGGUCAGCCUGUUGAAGAGACCAAAAACUAUUUGUACUAAGAAAUGCACUGUGUUACCCUUUUAUGAAAAGAUGGGUUGGGUGCACAAGUGUUGACUGAUCCAUAAAUUACUAAUGUAUCUCUGAUGUUGCAAAUGACUGAUGGCCUAUCUGUGGUUAUUUUUUAUUUAUAUUUUUUAAAUUUUAUUAUUUACCUCUUCAAAAGAAUUUGAAAAGAUUAAAAACAUAUUUGUUUAUUUAUUUUUUCAAAUGCUAUGUUAUUAAUUGGAGUGACACUGUAUUUGUGAAAACAACAUUCACUUCGAUAGAUGUUGCCAUCUGGUUGGACCAAAUCAUUAUUAUUAGUUAAAUAAAUUCCAAACUCUAAAUUAAGUAUUUUUAGUCAACUUUUAAUAUUCUAUCAUUUAUGUUCUCUAUUCAGGUUUGAUUAAAAUCUAGUUACUACAAUUGUUACAGCAUUUAUAAGUUUUUUGGGAGAUGAUUUUUUUUAAACAUUAAUAAAAAGUAAAUUUAAUUUUUGUGAAUUAAGAAAUAUUGGGGAAGGGCGAAGGUUAGUAUAAUAUGAUAAUAGUAUUCUAUGCAUAGGAGAGAGGAGGGAGGAUUGUACGCCAUACAUAAAGAUUAGCCAGCAAUCAGUUAUUGCCUGUAAUAUAAUAUAAUUAUUACAAUACGAUUUAUUGAACUUUAAAUGAGUUAUUUUAAAGUAAAUUACAGCAAAAUAUUGGAAGUGCUGGCUCUCCCCUCCAUAAAAUAUUGAGGGGGAUGUGCAAAGAAGUCAUUUCUCCCCACUGCUUAAGUGUUCAGCUAUGAUGAAACAUAAUUCCAUAGACUCUUCAUAACCAGAAAAAAAAAGUCAUUUAAUUUAUAUAAAUCCUUCCGUGUAUAAGAAAUAGUAUAAAAUGUAGGGUGUCAAAGAUCGGUAGUCCAGUGUAUGGUUCUGUGUUAAGACUAUAGGCAUGUUUCUAAACUCAACACUUAGCACAUCGAUGGCAUUCUUUGGCCCAGUUUAAAGACGGAUUUAAUCAGUUCAGCGUCGAGUUUAGGAACUUGUCAGUUAGUUACUUCCUAGAUAAACGUUAUUCCGUUUUGGAAGGGCUUACUUUAAACUACUAUCUAUCAUAGACACAGACACGAUUUUGAUUGAGGCGAAGGACCAAAAAAAAAAGAAUGGUUGUAGUUCAUAUUAUGUGUGCAAAUUAAACAUAAUUAUUGUGAAACGAACAAAUGUAAUAUCGGAUGUUUACAAAUAAAUUUAUAGAUACGUUUAGAUAGUUGUAGAUUUUUUUUUUUUUUUUUUUUAUGCGCUUAUGGAUAUACUUGAAAAUAUCUGAACAAAACAAUUUAAUAUGUUAAAAUUUGAUUUAUUGAUCCCAUUAAACAUUAGAGGAAGGGGUGCAGCCACCAUAACAUAGGUACAUUUCCAGAAUUUUUUAGAUAAGGAAUUAUGUUAAAAACUGAAAAAUACUUUUAAUUUCUUAGUUUGUACAACCUCCAAAUAAAAAUAAAACUUUUUCAUGGUCUGACUAAAAAUGUAAAAAUGUCUAUAAAACAUUUUCUAUAAAACAUAUUUAUGCUUGUACUUAUUGAAUAUAUUUUUCCAUGAAAAAUGAAUGAAUCAUAAAAUCCAAGGAUAUGUUUCUAUAUUAUUAUCCCUGAAUAUAAAUGAAAAUUUUAAAAAUAGGAAUAUUUAGGUCGUGAUAAAAUAGUUACGUACCUACUUAUAGGCCUUAGCUUAGGCUAGUCACCUUUUCUUAAUCGAUUUCAGUUUAAAUAUUUUAUUCAUUCAUGUAUUUUAUUUGUUAUAAAUUAAAAUUUUUUAAUUUCAAAUCAUUGGGGGGGGGGCACCAAACGAUAUUCUCACCCCUCAACGUUUUUAUUGGAGGGGCGAUCGCCCUGAUCCCCCUCCCCGAAGUCUCCGCUUAUGUUACUAAUGUUCGUAAUGCCUAAAUGCCUAGAAUUAUUUAGAAUUUCCACAAGAACUACAUUAACUAUUAACUGCUCUUUAGAUACCACUUUCACUACAUAAAUUUGAAUCAAGCCUGAAUAAGACUUACGUCAUUUAACUAAUUCACGAUUACUUUAUUAUUAUUUUUAUUAAAUUAUUAAUGUUUUGAAUAUAGAAAUUACAAAAAUUAUUUAUAUUGUUUAAAUCUUGCCGGUAAGGAGUUUUAUCCAAUUUGGAAUAAUUGUAGUAUUUUAGUUGGUGGUAGAGUGGGGUGUAGAUCAUUAUAGGGUACUACUUUAUAGGUGUUGCUCCACUUUGAUGGUUGACAACAAGAUCACAUGAUCAUACUAUAAAUGAAAUUCGGAGAAUGACCUAAUAUUAAUAACGGAAUAAUGGGUAUAUCCUCUUUUUAUUAUAUCGCAAUUUACUACUUUAAACUGGUUCUUUUAGUUAAAGUCAAGGCCUUAAUUAGCUUUGAUUAUAUCGCUGCUUUUGACUUCCACUCGCUCAAAACAGAUAAAUAAAUAUUCAAUACAAUCCUGAACUUUUCAAUUGAGGACGGUUCGGCAGAACUGUCAAGUCUUUUUCAUCUGAAUUUUUUCCUAAUUCCACCAACUUUAACUCUAAAUGUUCAAUUCUUAUUGUAAUCAUAAUUACCCCUCUCGAAUAAGGUGGUUUACUUUAUAGAAAAAUUCUAAAAACUUUUUGUACACUAAAAAAAUCCAAAGAAUAAUAAAGAUACUCUGAAUCUAAAGAAAGAAAAACAAUCUGGCAACUCUGUGGUUCGGUCCCUUGUCUACAUUCGGUCAUUCUCGAAAUUCCUUUGAUAGUGUGAUCCAAAGAUACUGUGCUCAAUGCCGGCGGCCUUAGGGUCGGGUAACCAGACCAGAAGGGAGUCGCCACUUGUUCGAAAUAAAAAAAAGUUGUAUAAGAAUGAUUAAUUUUAGCCAACUUAUAAUUAAAAUGAAUUAGAGAAAUAUUGAAUGAAAUAUAAUUAAAAUAUUGUUUAAUAUAAAACAGCUUAUAAAAUGUUAUUUUGGGGGGGGGGGCGAUGAGGUUCUUGUCCGCGGGCGCCAAAUUUCUAAGUCCAGCACUGACUGGACAUCCAAAUGGAGCAUCACUUGUAAUGAUAUAAUGAGUAAUACCACUAUAGAUAUUUAUGAAAUUAUAAAUCUCGUAAAAAUUGCAGAAAAUUCAUUUUUAACGUUAUUAAUUAAUGUUCUAAUAACGUUUAUUUAUUAAUUAACGUUUCUAAACUACUAGGAAGUUGAAAGACCGGUAACCUACCCUAACUAUAAACAUUCUAAAUAAGCGACUUCCCCCACGCUACCACCCCUCCUGACUCUUCUAAAUGCAUACCUCUAUUUUUACUCUGUUUUUUUAUUAUAUCUUUUUUAGUGGCACACACAAAUACGUGUUGUUGUUUUUUGUACAUAUUCAUGAGGUAAAAACACUUUCCAGGUAACAAUGUCCUUAUUAUUUUACUGAAUAAUGUAAAUCAAAUGAUUAUUAGUAACUUGAAUGAACAUUAGGAAAACGACUGUAAAAAUGUUUAUUAAUUUUGUUUUUUAUUGAUUAGUUUAGGUCAAAUAAAUUAUUUAUUUAAGAUUAA